UACGUUAGACCGUUCCCCGGAUGAAACCGAGUUGUUAUGACAACCACGGUAAAGCAGUAAAGCGAAAGCACCGUUGCAUCCGAAACAUCUGAAGUAUUUCAUACAUGGACGCCGGAGCAAACACGUACCUCAUUAGACCGAAUUAUAAAGACAAGUUCAAGUCAGGAGUGGCAAAAGAGUGUAUUAGAGAAAUCCUGAGGGAGCAGCUGUAUGGAGUGCAGUAUAAUCCAGAAGAGGUCCCCACAUUAUCCAAAUCUUUAGCAGAUUCUAUUAAAAACAAGCUGAAAGAUGUGGGCUUUGAUAGAUACAAGCUCAUCGUGCAAGUGGUCAUUGGUGAGCAGCGUGGAGAGGGAGUCAAGAUGGCUGCGCGCUGCUUCUGGGAUGCCGAUACAGACAGCUAUGCUCAAGAUAUAUUUAUGAAUGACAGCUUGUUCUGUGUGGCUGCUGCGUUUGGUGUGUAUUAUUACUGAAGACAAACAGGAGAUUUGUUGAGGACCAAACAUUUGUAGUCGAUUUUUCAGGAUUUUUGUGAUAUUUAUUUAAACCAGUACAUGCAGAGUUUCAUAUUUUUGUUUGUCUAGAUACGUCACUUUAUGAUAUUUUUCCUACAUUACUAUCUUCAGCAAAGAUAGUACAAUAUAAAUCUUAACAAUGCUUUAAUAAAGAUUUAUAUAAAAUUCA